GGGGCGCCAUGAACGACGUGGCCAUCGUGAAGGAGGGUUGGCUGCACAAGAGAGGGGAGUACAUCAAAACCUGGCGGCCCCGGUACUUCCUCCUCAAGAACGACGGCACGUUCAUCGGCUACAAGGAGCGGCCCCAGGAUGUGGAGCAGCGAGAGUCCCCCCUCAACAACUUCUCCAUGGCACAAUGUCAGCUGAUGAAGACUGAGUGGCCCAGGCCCAACACCUUCAUCAUCCGUUGCCUGCAGUGGACCACGGUCAUUGAGCGCACCUUCCACGUGGACACACCCGAGGAGCGGGAGGAGUGGAUGACUGCCAUCCAGACAGUGGCCGACGGGCUCAAGAGGCAGGAGGAAAAGAUGAUGGACUUCCGGUCGGGCUCGCGCAGUGACAACUCGGGGGCUGAGGAGUUGGAGGUGUCCCUGGCCAAGCCCAAGCACCGUGUGACCAUGAAUGACUUUGAGUACCUGAAGCUGCUGGGGAAGGGCACGUUUGCGAAGGUGCUCCUGGUCAAGGAGAAGGCCACAGGCCACUACUACGCCAUGAAGAUCCUGAACAAGGAGGUCAUUGUGGCCAAGAACGAGGUUGCCCACACGCUCACGGAGAACCGUGUUCUCCAGAAUUCUCGGCAUCCCUUCCUGACGGCCCUGAAGUACUCCUUCCAGACCCACGACCGCCUCUGCUUCGUCAUGGAGUACGCCAACGGGGGCGAGCUCUUCUUCCACCUGUCCCGGGAGCGGGUGUUCCCCGAGGACCGGGCACGCUUCUACGGGGCCGAGAUCCUGUCGGCCCUGGACUACCUGCACUCGGAGAAGAACGUGGUCUACCGCGACCUCAAGCUGGAGAACCUCAUGCUGGACAAGGACGGGCACAUCAAGAUCACGGACUUCGGGCUGUGCAAGGAAGGCAUCAAGGACGAAGCCACCAUGAAGACCUUCUGCGGGACGCCCGAGUACCUGGCCCCGGAGGUGCUGGAGGACAAUGACUAUGGCCGGGCGGUGGACUGGUGGGGGCUGGGCGUGGUCAUGUACGAGAUGCUGUGCGGCCGCCUGCCCUUCUACAACCAGGACCACGAGAAGCUCUUCAAGCUCAUCCUCACGGAGGAGCUGCACCUCCCGCACACGCUCAGCCCCGAGGCCAAGUCCCUGCUCUCAGGGCUGCUCAAAAAGGACCCCAAGCAGAGGCUCGGAGGGGGCUCAGAGGACGCCAAGGAGAUCAUGCAGCACCGCUUCUUCGCUAGCAUCGUGUGGCAGGACGUGUAUGAGAAGAAGCUCAGUCCUCCCUUCAAGCCUGAGGUCACGUCGGAGACAGACACCAGGUAUUUUGAGGAGGAGUUCACGGCCCAGAUGAUCACGAUCACGCUGCCCGACCAAGGUGACAACAUCGAGGGCGAGGACAGCGAGCGGAGGCCCCACUUCCCGCAGUUCUCCUACUCGGUCAGCGGCUCGGCGUGA